AAAUAGGCCGGGAUCGGAAACCAUGGAGCUCAGUCAACACUCGCAGAGUGAGUCCCUGCCUCUCUAGACCGAGUCCGGUUUUCAAAGUGUUUGAUUGAAGAAGAGCCAGGAGAAGUUUGGUUUGGGCGGAGAAGAAGAAGAAGAUGGAGAGCUAUUUGAACGAGAAUUUUGAUCUGAAGGCGAAGAACUCAUCGGACGAGGCGCUUCAGAGAUGGAGGAAUCUUUGCUGGGUUGUGAAGAACAAGAAGAGGAGGUUUCGAUUCACUGCUAAUCUCGACAAGCGUUCUGAGGCUGAGACUAUUCGACGCUCUAAUCAGGAGAAGUUUAGACUUGCAAUCUUGGUUUCGCAAGCUGCUCUUCAGUUCAUCCAAGGGCUAAAAUUUUCCAGUGAUUACACUGUACCUGAGGAAGUCAAGGCUGCAGGUUUUCAAAUUGAUGCUGAUGAGUUGGCAUCCAUUGUUGAAGGUCGUGAUGUGAAGAAGCUCAAAAUGCAUGAUGGUGUUGAGGGACUUGUAGGCAAGCUUGGAACAUCAACUGUCGAUGGCAUUUCUACGUCAGAGCAGUUGCUUAAUACGAGAAAGGAAAUUUAUGGAGUUAAUAAAUUCACUGAGAGCCCAUCUCGUGGAUUUUUGCUAUUUGUAUGGGAAGCCCUACAAGACACCACCCUCAUGAUACUUGGAGUUUGUGCCUUUGUCUCUCUGAUUGUUGGGAUAAUGACAGAAGGAUGGCCAAAGGGUGCCCAUGAUGGACUGGGAAUUGUUGCCAGCAUUUUGCUUGUUGUAUUUGUGACUGCCACCAGUGAUUAUAAACAGUCCCUGCAGUUCAAGGACUUGGACAAGGAAAAGAAAAAGAUUACAAUUCAUGUUACGAGAAAUGGAUUCAGACAGAAGUUGUCAAUAUAUGAUUUACUUCCUGGUGACAUUGUUCAUCUCAAUAUUGGAGAUCUGGUCCCAGCUGAUGGACUUUUCAUUUCUGGCUUUUCUAUGCUGAUCAACGAGUCCAGCUUAACUGGAGAGAGUGAACCGGUUAACAUUAAUGAUGUCAAUCCUUUUCUCCUUUCUGGAACUAAAGUUCAAGAUGGAUCCUGCAAGAUGCUUGUGACUACUGUCGGAAUGAGAACCCAGUGGGGUAAAUUGAUGGCUACUCUUACUGAAGGUGGAGACGAUGAAACCCCCUUGCAGGUGAAACUAAACGGUGUGGCAACUAUCAUUGGUAAAAUAGGCCUGUUCUUCGCUGUAGUGACAUUCGCUGUAUUAGUUCAAGGAUUGUUCAGCCGCAAGCUGCAACAAGGACUAACAUGGUCUGGAGAUGAUGCAGUUGUUAUAUUGGAAUUUUUCGCUAUAGCUGUUACAAUUGUAGUUGUUGCUGUUCCUGAAGGUUUGCCUUUGGCUGUAACAUUAAGCCUUGCUUUUGCUAUGAAGAAGAUGAUGAACGAUAAGGCACUAGUCCGACAUUUGGCUGCUUGUGAGACAAUGGGAUCGGCGACAACUAUCUGUAGUGACAAGACUGGAACUCUAACUACGAACCGGAUGACGGUUGUAAAAACUUGCAUAUGUUUGAAAAUCAAAGACGUGGCUAGCUCUACCAAAUCAUCUGACCUCUGCUCUGAAAUACCUGAUUCUACUUUGAAAGUUCUACUUCAGUGCAUAUUUAACAAUACUGGAGGAGAUAUUGUUAAAAACAAAGAUGACAGGAUUGAGAUACUGGGAACACCCACUGAUGCAGCUGUUCUGGGAUUUGGGAUGUCACUCGGUGGAGAUUUCAAGGCAGAACGACAAGCAUCAAAACUUGUCAAAGUUGAGCCCUUCAAUUCCACUAAGAAGCGGAUGGCUGUAGUUCUACAGCUUCCUGAAGGUGGCUUCCGAGUGUAUUGUAAAGGUGCUUCCGAGAUAAUUUUAGCUGCUUGUGACAAAUACAUGGGUCCAAAUGGCGAGGUAGUUCCCCUUGAUAUAGCUUCCAUCAAUCUUUUGAAUGGUAUCAUAGAACAGUUUGCUAGUGAAGCCCUCAGAACUCUGUGCCUGGCAUACAUGGACAUUGGAAGUGACUUCUCUGCUGAAAGUCCUAUUCCUCUCAAUGGAUAUACAUGUAUAGGAAUUGUGGGUAUUAAAGAUCCAGUUCGUCCUGGUGUCAAGGAGUCUGUUGAGAUUUGUAGGUCUGCUGGUAUUACUGUCCGAAUGGUGACUGGUGAUAACAUAAACACUGCAAAAGCAAUUGCAAGAGAAUGCGGAAUUUUGACUGAUGGAGGUUUAGCAAUUGAAGGCCCAGAAUUUCGUGAGAAGAGUGAGGAAGAAUUACAAAAAAUUAUUCCCAAACUUCAGGUAAUGGCUCGAUCUUCGCCAAUGGAUAAGCAUACUCUUGUAAAACACUUAAGAACCACUUUUGGAGAAGUUGUUGCAGUGACAGGUGAUGGUACAAAUGAUGCUCCAGCACUUCAUGAAGCUGAUAUAGGACUUGCAAUGGGAAUUGCUGGAACUGAGGUGGCUAAAGAGAGCGCUGAUGUGAUAAUUCUGGACGAUAACUUCUCUACAAUUGUGACUGUGGCCAAAUGGGGACGUUCAGUUUACUUGAACAUACAGAAAUUUGUUCAGUUCCAGUUAACAGUUAAUGUGGUUGCCCUUGUAGUCAACUUUACUUCAGCAUGUUUAACUGGAAGUGCUCCCCUUACCGCUGUUCAGCUUCUCUGGGUCAACAUGAUCAUGGACACUCUAGGAGCCCUUGCACUAGCCACUGAGCCUCCUAAUGAUGAUUUGAUGAAGAGAACACCAGUUGGGAGGACAGGAAACUUCAUUACUAAUGUGAUGUGGAGAAAUAUCUUGGGGCAGUCUCUGUAUCAGUUUGUAGUAAUAUGGUAUCUGCAGACUAAAGGAAAAGAAGCUUUUCAGCUUGUUGGCCCAGAUUCAGAUUUGAUAUUAAACACCCUGAUUUUCAACUCAUUUGUCUUCUGCCAGGCUUUCAAUGAGAUCAGUUCUAGAGAAAUGGAGAAGAUCAAUGUCUUCAAAGGCAUACUUCAGAACUACGUGUUUGUGACAGUUCUAUCUUGCACUGUAAUCUUCCAAGUCAUAAUCAUCGAGUUCCUGGGUACAUUUGCAAGUACAUCUCCUCUCACUUGGCAGCAAUGGUUUGUCAGUGUUACACUUGGAUUUCUCGGCAUGCCUAUUUCAGCAGCUUUGAAAUUUAUUCCCGUGUAAUGAAGCUGGAUCAGUCGAAACAGAAUAGGUACUUCGAUACUGACAUGUCGAUGAUGGUUUACAUGGUUCAGAUUUUGUGACAUCAUUUCAAAGAUCAUUCUUAUCGUACUGUAAAAGAGUCUGGUAGCUAGCCAAUUUCAGGGCUAUAGGACAUGCUCUCACUUUUGAAAGAAAUGGUGCCAAUUUUUGUAAAUCCAUGAUAUGUCAUAGCUGUCCUAACUUCUAACCGGUAGAACUUCUACAGGAAAUUAGUGUGUUUACCGAUUGAAUAUUUUGUUUGAUCUUUCAUUAUUUUCUUGAGUGCUGGUUCUUUUAAUUUUAGAAGCUCUUGCAAGUGCUCGAGUUUGAACAAUUCCACUUGAAUUUCUGCUCGUAAAGAUGUACCGCCUUGUCGUAACACACCACCAAAAUGUUAGGCCAUGCCAGUUGUGUUGUUACUUUCAAAAAGUUGUGUUGUUACUUG